AUGGGUCUUCGAGUAAUUAUCACCGGAGGUUCUGGUAAAGCCGGCCAACAUGUGAUCGCAGAGCUCCUUAAAGCCGGACAUACAAUCUUGAAUUUGGACCUGCUUCCUUGCCCAAAUGAUAAAGUCUACACACUCAAAACUGACCUGACACAGUCAGGUGAGGUCUUCAGUGCCAUGUCUGGGCAAUUUGCCUUGAGUGAACCGUUUCCACCGGGGCUUCCUCCGACCCCAGAUGCGGUCAUUCAUCUCGCAGGCUACUCACGCAACAUGCUCGCACCUGAUGACGAGACCUUCCGGACAAACACGGUCUCCACAUACAAUGUGAUCGAGGCUGCCUGUAAACUAGGGAUCAGGAAGAUCAUUAUUGCUAGCAGUGUCACGGUGUACGGCGUGUCUUUCGCACUGGGUGACACAGAUUAUCCGUCUUUCCCGGUAGAUGAAGAAGUCGAUGCGAAUCCAACCGAUACGUACGCGAUUGCCAAAGUUUGCGGCGAGCGAGUUGCAAGGGGUUUCGCGGGUCGGUUUGGUGCCGAUAUUUAUGUCUUUCGGAUUGGGCGGGUGAUUGCACAUGAAGAAUACGAACCUGCGAAAUGGAAGGUCCAUGGUUGGUCUUAUACGGACGCUCGUGACCUAGGUCGGAUGUGCGACUUGGGCCUUCGGAAGUCAGGACUUGGGUUUCAGGUCUUCAACGCAACGAAUGAUACCAUCACAAGCACGACCCCGACAGAGGAGUUUCUCAGGCAGCAAUGUCCCAAUGUCCCAUUUACAAGACAGAUGGAGGAGUUCGAGGCUCCAUUGACCAAUGCCAAGAUCAAAUCAGUCCUGGGAUUCCAGGAAGAACACCCGUGGCGCAACUAUUUUCCUUUCAAGGCAAAGAAAUAA